AAGCAAAUAAAAAAGUCUAUUUUUUGGCACUUUGAAAGCAUUUGAUCACUGUUUGCUCAGAACUCAAGCUCCAAGAGUAGUGUUUCUCCUCCCCAUGGUAGUUUUCACAUGUCCUUUUACACACACACACUCUUCUAAGUGAUGAAGUCUGGGGAUGUUUCAAUUGUUACUCCUUUUGCUUAUCUGUGUUUUCUUAUCUCUCUGUAACAAUCAGUAUUAUGUAGUAAUUAAAAAAACCCAGUGUGUUAGAGGAUAACAUCUGCCUGUUGCUGAGCCCAGCACAGCCAGCAGGGCAGCAUCACUUAAGGGCCUGUCCUCCCCUCCCUGUGGUGGAUGGCGAAGCAAAGGCAGUCAUAAUACUGAUAAUUUGUGCUGCUUAUUCUGCAUGGCUUUGUGCUGUGCUACAGAGCUGGGAGCUUUCACGGAGGCUGAGGCCCUGUGGUGUAAAUCCAGGGGCAGAAAGCAUGAGGGCCCUUUACCGUAUUCACUUGGAGGCUGCCUGCAGGCUUCGGUUGCUAAGUGCGCUUUUUGAUUCAGAAGCACUUUUCACCCUGCAUCUCUGUCUCUCUCUCUUAAAAUCCUGGAUCUCUUGACCAGCCAAAGAUGAGUUCACUGUUCCCAUCAAGGACUGGGAGAAAGAAGGGGUGGGAUUAAUUGGGCCUGGAGGCAGGGCCCGGAGGGCGGAGCUAAGGUGGAAGAAAGGAGAGCCCUCUAAAUAAAGGGCAGGCGCUGGCUGCCCAGGAGCACACCUUCCUCCUAGUCUGUGUGUGUCUUGUGAGGAGCCGAGCCUGACCCGGGGAGAUGAUGGAGCCUGAGGAAUACAGAGAGCGAGGAAAAGAGAUGGUGGAUUGCAUCUGCCAGUACCUGAGCACGGUGCGGGAGCGGCGGGUGACUCCAGACGUGUGGCCUGGCUACCUGCUAGCGCAGCUGCCUGAGGCUGCCCCUGAGAAACCUGACAGCUGGGACAGCAUCUUUGGGGACACUGAGCGCAUCAUUAUGCCUGGGUGAGAGACAGUGGUACACUGGCAGAACCCCCAUAUGCACGCCUACUACCCAGCUCUCACCUCUUGGCCAUCGCUGCUGGGAGACAUGCUGGCUGAUGCCAUCAACUGCUUGGGGUUCACCUGGGCUUCCAGCCCUGUGUGCACGGAGCUCGAGAUGAACGUCAUGGACUGGCUGGCAAAAAUGCUGGGACUCCCAGAGCACUUCCUGCACCACCAGCCCGGCAGCCAGGGGGGAGGCGUCCUGCAGUUCAGAGUCAGUGAGUCCAACUUGAUUGCUUUGCUGGCGGCAAGGAAGAACAAAAUCCUGGAAAUGAAAGCAUCUGAGCCUGGGGCAGACGAGUCCUCCCUGAACGCCCGGCUCAUUGCCUAUGCCUCUGAUCAGGCUCACUCCUCAGUGGAAAAGGCUGGUUUGAUUUCUCUUGUGAAGAUGAAAUUUCUGCCUGUGGACGACAACUUCUCACUCCGAGGGGAAGCUCUUAAGAAAGCCAUCGAGGAGGACAAGAAGCGGGGCUUGGUGCCUGUUUUUGUCCGUGCAACACUGGGGACCACCGGGGUGUGUGCAUUUGACUGCCUGUCGGAGCUGGGCCCCAUCUGUGCCAGUGAGGGGCUGUGGCUCCACAUCGAUGCUGCCUAUGCAGGCUCUGCCUUCCUGUGCCCUGAGUUCCGGGGCUUUCUGAAGGGCAUCGAGUAUGCCGAUUCCUUCACCUUUAAUCCUUCCAAGUGGAUGAUGGUGCACUUUGAUUGCACUGGGUUCUGGGUCAAGGACAAGUUCAAGCUGCAGCAGACCUUCAGUGUGAACCCCGUCUACCUCAGGCAUGCCAACUCGGGUGCGGCCACCGACUUCAUGCACUGGCAGAUCCCCCUGAGCCGGCGGUUUCACUCUAUUAAACUCUGGUUCGUGAUUCGGUCCUUCGGUGUGAGGAAUCUUCAAGCGCACAUCAGACAUGGUACAGAAAUGGCUAAAUAUUUUGAAUCUUUGGUCAGAAAUGACCUCUUUGAAAUUCCUGCCCAGAGGCACCUUGGCCUGGUGGUUUUCCGUCUAAAGGGUCCUAAUUGUCUCACAGAAAGUGUGUUGAAAGAAAUAACUAAAGCUGGCCGUCUCUUCCUCAUCCCCGCCACUAUCCAGGACAAGUUGAUAAUCCGUUUCACCGUGACAUCCCAGUUCACCACCAGGGAUGACAUCCUGAGAGACUGGACUCUUAUCCGAGAUGCUGCCACUCGCAUUCUGAGUCAGCAUUGUACUUCGCAACCUAGCCCUCAGGUCGGGAACCUCAUCCCCCCACCUGGGGGCCCCAGGGCCUUGGCCAACGGAAUGUCCUUUCAGUCUGUUGGUGAGGCAGGGGGUGACCCAGCCCAGGCCAGGAAGAUCAUCAAGCCGCCUCAGCGUGUGGGAGCCAGUCUUGGGAGAAGCGAAGACAGCCGCCGUCCUGAAACCCUGCUGGACCCACGUGAUGACUGCUUUGCGGAAGAGUCUCCAGCUGUUACCAAGCACAAGCUGUCCUCCUUCCUGUUCAGUUACUUGUCCGUGCAGAACAAGAAGAAGGCAGUGCGUUCCCUCAGUUGUAAUAGCGUGCCUGUGAGUGCUCAGAAACCACUGCCUACAGAUGGCUCUGUGAGGAGUGGGGGCUCCUCCCGGGUCAGAAUCUUCUCUAGGUUUCCAGAAGAGAUGAUGAUGCUAAAGAAAAGUGCCUUCAAAAAACUCAUCAAGUUCUACAGCGUCCCCAGCUUUCCUGAGUGCAGCUCUCAGUGUGGGCUCCCGCUGUCCUGCUGCCCCCUGCAGGCAAUGGUUUAGGCCGGAGGUUUCUGCCAGAGGCCCGGGUUUCGGCCAGGAUGUGUUUCAGGGAGUCUCUGAACCCCUCCGAAUUGUGUGCUGAAUUCGUGUGCUUAUGUGUGUGUGCGUUUUUCUUGGGAGAGAGCCCCUAAUUUUUAUCAGGUUCUCAUAGGGGUUCAUGACCUAUAAUGGUACAGAAGGUUCUGGCAGUCUGGUCAGAGAGAAAAGGUCCAGGGUAGUGUACUGACAGGCAGCUUCUGUGGUGCAGCUUGUGAUAUUCAAUAUAAUGUAGCAAUAAAUUGUGCUCGUCCCAAAAAAGCCUCUCUUGUGUGAUUUCGUUGACCACUGAAAUAUUGAUUAUUUAACCAGAGCAUAUCCUGCAGCCUAAAUGCAUGUACUAUGGAUUCUGAUUCUCAGGAUGCUGAAGGUUUGAAUUUAACGGUGAGGAAAAGAGUUUGGAGGAGCUGUUGGUACGAAGAAGGCAGGUGCUUGAGUCAGGCACUGUGGCUUAGCAUUGAUAAAUGAGGACACUGAAGCCCCAGGUCACUAAGCUUGUAAGUGGGCAAGCCCAGGUCUCCUUGUCUUCAACAAUGCCCAUGCUAUUUGCACCAUGCUGUACUAUUCAAGGUGGUACUUGAGCAGAAGCUCACAGUCCAGCAGGACCCUCUGGCCCUUAGAACAUGUAACUGUUCCCCUCCUUAGGUUUGGAACUUGUGCAUUUUUUUCCCCC